UCCGAACUUUCCAAUUCGUAGGACUACAGUUUCCUUUUCAAAGCAUAUAAAACACGAGGAAGAAUGAAGUUUGUGUUUGACAGCAGAGGAAGAGAGAUAGAGAGAGCGCCAUGUGAAUGGUCUGCUGCUUUACUCUUCUGUUUAUACCAAAUCCCCCACAUUGAUCAAGGAACUACACAAGAUUUAUUCCUAUGAUGAUGAAUACUACUGGAAUGGGUGAGGAAAAGAUAGAUAUUAGGGUUUCUGAGGCUGUUUAUCUGGAAGAAUUGUCCAGAACUCGGCAUAAGAAGAUCGAUGUUUCGUUAGAGAGAAGGAAGUCCUUAAGAGCUCGAUAUUACUAUGGAGUUAUCUUUCUCAUCAUCAAUUUUGUUGCUUGGCUUGUUCGUGAUUACAUUCAAAGGGUCAUCCCAGGAGAACAUUUUCUUAGGACUUGUGGAAUCGGAGGGCAUGACUGCAUUAAUACAAUGGGAGUCCUUCGAAUCAGCUUUGGGUGCUUUAUAUUUUUCUUUUUGAUGUUUCUCGCAACAAUGAAAACAAGCAAGCUACAAGAAGUUCGUAAUGCCUGGCAUUCUGGUUGGUGGCCUGCAAAAUGUAUUCUUUUAGUUAUAUCAAUGACGUCUCCCUUCUUUUUGCCUUCAGAAUACAUUCACAUUUAUGGUGAGUUUGCUCGUAUAGGUGCAGGGGUGUUUCUUGCUCUCCAACUAAUUAGCGUGAUUCAAUUUAUUGCAUGGUGGAAUAAUUACUGGAUGCCUGACGUGAAAUGUAUGCAAAGCUGCUCUCUCGGGUUAUUAAUGUCUACAGUUUUCUAUGUAGCUUCCGCAUGUGGAGUAGUUGUCCUAUACAUCUUGUACGUCCCAAGAUCCUCGUGCACUCUCAACAUAUUUUUCAUCACUUGGACAGCAGUUCUACUUCUCGUAAUGAUGCUUAUUUCUUUGCAUUCAAAGGUCAAUAGAGGACUUUUAUCUUCAGGAAUCAUGGCUUCUUAUGUUGUCUUUUUAUGUUGGUCUGCUAUCCGGAGUGAGCCUGCUGGUAAAAAGUGCAGUCCGCAGAAGCAAUUGAAUGGACAUCAUGAUUGGGUCACCGUACUUAGCUUCCUCAUCGGGAUUUGUGCAAUAGUGAUGGCAACCUUCUCGACAGGGAUUGAUUCCGAGUCAUUUCAGUUCCGCAAAGAUGAAGUUCAAGAAGAGGAUGAUAUUCCGUAUAAGUAUGGCUUCUUCCAUCUCGUGUUUUCCUUGGGAGCCAUGUAUUUUGCUAUGUUGUUCAUAAAUUGGGAUAUCAACAGCUCAACUAGAAAAUGGAGUAUCGAUGUUGGUUGGGCAAGUACAUGGGUGAAAAUUAUUAACGAGUGGUUUGCAGCUACCUUAUACAUGUGGAAGUUAAUAUCUCCAGUCGUCCGACAAGCCAAGAUCAUGGAUGAAGGAGUCAUGCAGCGUGAUAUCUUCACAUCGUCGCCUUAGUUUAAAGCGAGAGUCGAUUUUAGUGUUUAGUAUACGUAAUUAGGCGUAUUAUUAGCUCGAUGGCUUCUGAGAUGUAAGUGCAUUAAAUUUAAGCACUGUGAAGGAACAAAAAAGGAGCAAUCAGCACUAGUAGGAGGUCUGUAGAUUCUUUGUUCUUAAAUCUUAAUUCUUUUCUCGGCUGUAAUUCACCGGCUUGGAGAGACACUAUAAUACGUUCGAUCCCAUUGCACUAUGAUUAAUUCCGUAUUACUACUAUGAAACAAUAAGGAUAUUAGACUAGUUUCCGUAUUACUGAUAUGAAACGAUAUAGUCAUAUGGAUGUUAGAUUGGUUUAUGCAUGGCUUUAUCCAUAGGCAUAAAUUUGUGGGUAGCUUUCUUACUUCUUAGAUCAGUUUCAAAUGUAAAAACCAUAAAGAACUGAAAUUUGUCUUUGUAGUAGACCUGUCAAAAUGGUCGGUUUUAGGUUAUGUCAUUUUUAAUCUGAUCAUAUUCAGUAGAGUAUGAUUCAGUUU